UGGGAGUGGGAAUGAUUAUGCACAGGUCGAGGCAGUACUGGAGGAAUUUGAGCGCAGAAAUGUGAACGAGGAAAAAAGUCGAGUGGAAGAACAAAGACGAUACCUUGGCGGAGACAGUGACCAUUCGAUACUGGUGAAAGGCCUGGACAUCGCUCUUCUUGAGCAAAACAAAGCUCGAACUAUUACAUCCACUGAGGACGAAUCUCUGGAGCAAGCUUUUGCAGAAGCUUCUGCGGAAUCUACCGUGCCCAAAAAGCGAACGCGGGAAGAUUUGAUUCAGGAGCUGAAGAAGAGAAAGCAGAAUGGAACGGACGAACAGGCUGUUGACAAGGCCGUCAAAUCGGCAGAGGAAGAAGCACGACUACUAGAGGAGGCUAAGAAGACAGGAAAAUUCAAACCCAUUGGGUUCAAGCCUAUAGGAGCUCAGGAAGUCAAGUCAAAG